AUAGUAGAUAAUAAUAAUCACAGGCACAGGCAGAGUGAGAGCGCCCAAACACACAUUUUGAAAUUGGAAGCCCUCAACCCCAACCCAACACACGGAGGUCCUGCUCGGCCGUCGAUCAAAUUACAGAGCUUUGAUGGCGUAAUCUCCGAUCUUCUCAGUUUUCCGGCCGAUCUAUGCAUCAGAAAUGCCUGUAAGAUCCUUCCAUGGACAGCAGGGAGGCUAACCUUCCGUCGGAUCACAAUAUCUACCCUUCCUUUAACGCUGCCACAUCGUCUUCUUCUUCUUCCUUCAAUUCUUCUCCGCCGGACUUCCUCCGUAAUGUGCAAGCCGCCUUCAAGCGCCACCGUAAGAUGCCAGAGUUGAACAAUCUCCAACCUAGAAGGUUAGUGGCUAAAAGGGUGAUAAAAGAUUCUAAAACAGAUGAAUCUCAGGAUGUUUUAGUGAAACAAAGGGUGCAGGAUUCCGGCACCCUGAUGAAGAGCAUGUCGACGCUUACGACAGUUAAUUGUGAAUCUGCUUCAGUCACACCGCCUUCAGGUUCAGAUACACCUACUGAAGACGGCCAGUUUAUGUCAAUAGAUGUUCAGAGAGGUCAACCCAGUUUCAACUGUGAUUGUAGAACCAACAAUAUGGUUGAUUUGCCAUGCGUAAAAUGCAGAGAUGGUCCGAAGAAGGUUCAGUUUGCAUUGGGAAAUGACACAAGAUCUCAUGGGUCUGUUGACCACAUGGACAAAAGAAUAGCCAACUUAUUGACUCACAUGGGUUCACUUGCAUUGACAGAAACAGAACGUGAUGUUAAUAAUCGACAGGAAGUCUUAACCGCUCCCAAUCACGAUCUGAAUGACCAGAAUCUCAAGAAUCAGGUCAACCCUUUGAGCAACUUUUUGCAGAGUGACUUUCGUAACCAGGUGACAUCAUCUUCAGUUGUCGGCUCAACAUGUGCUACAACAACGUUAGUGAAUUCCGUAAACGCCCCCAUGCUUAGUUCAACCACUUGCAAUUCUCAACUUCCACAAAUUGAUACGGUGGGCCCACCAAAGCAUAAUAACAUUAUAAUAGCCGAUCAGAAUCCUGUAAAAGAUCCGCCUGUUCUUGUUGACAAGUCAACCAAGGGGGACCCACCUGGAGGUCAUUCUAAUAUGGAUUUACAAUCUCAACCUCUUAUAACAAAUGAUCAAAUUUCGCAAGUGACGUCGGUAACUUCAAAUUCGGAAAGAAGUGUAAAGCCUGCUUCGAAGAAAGACGCACUGGCACCGCGUAAAAGAAGCUACGACCAUGAUCAGUUUUUUAAGGUUAACGGAAAGUUGUAUCAAAGGCUUGGAAAGAUAGGCAGUGGAGGAAGCAGUGAGGUGCACAAAGUUAUUUCUCAAGAUUGCACAAUCUACGCGUUGAAAAAGAUAAAGCUUAAAGGUCGUGAUUAUGGAACCGCGUUUGGGUUUUGUCAGGAAAUUGAAUAUUUAAACAAACUCAGGGGAAAGGACCACAUUAUCCAGCUCAUUGAUUACGAGGUGACAGAUAAGGCUUUGCUUAAGGAAGUUAUGAGUGGCAGUAUGACUAACAAAGAUGGGAAAGUGAAGGAAGAUGGGUGUAUAUAUAUGGUACUCGAGUAUGGUGAAAUUGAUUUAGCUCACAUGCUUUCACAAAAAUGGCGGGAACUCGAUGAUUCCAAGUCGACAACCUUAGAUGAAAACUGGCUUCGUUUUUACUGGCAGCAAAUACUUUUAGCUGUUAAAACAAUACACGAGGAACGUAUUGUGCACUCGGACUUGAAGCCAGCUAAUUUUCUUCUUGUGAGAGGCUCGUUGAAGCUAAUCGACUUUGGUAUUGCAAAAGCUAUCAUGAGUGACACUACCAACAUUCAACGAGAUUCUCAGAUGGGUACACUAAGUUACAUGUCCCCUGAGGCGUUUUUGUGCAACGAGACGGAUGCAAAUGGAAACAUAAUUAAAUGUGGUCGGCCGUCGGAUAUUUGGUCACUUGGUUGUAUCCUUUACCAAAUGGUGUAUGGAAGAACACCCUUUGCUGAUUACACAACUUUUUGGGCAAAGUUUAAAGUGAUUACGGACCCGGAUCAUGAAAUACGCUAUGAAUCGUUACCAAACUCAUGGCUUAUCGAUCUAAUGAAAAAGUGUCUCGUGUGGGACCGAAAGGAAAGAUGGACAAUCCCUCAACUUCUUCAACAUCCUUUCCUUGUUCCCAAAAUUCCACAUGAUCUUUUUCAAUUGGUUGCGGAUUCUUGUAGCGAAGAUUCGGAUGUAACAAUGUUGUGUUCUCGGUUUGAACUAUUGGUAAAUAACUCGAUGCCAGAUAUUAAAUCUGUUGGUCCGGGUUCAAUCUCACCGGAUAAAAAGUGUUCGUUGGUUGACGAAAUGUUGAAGCUUUGUUAUGAGCUCAAGAAGAAGCUAAUGUGAUUAGUGGAGGUGGAGGUUAUGUGGUUUUGUUUUUGUAUUUGUAUUUUGUGAUUAUUGAGCAUGCAUUAGGUGGAUUUUGUGUUGAUAUUGUAAUAUGAAACAAUUGAUGAUGUGAAAAAAAAAAAUGCAGAUCUAGCAUGUGGACAAAACGUAUGCAACUUAAAUGUGUAUUUUUAACAAGCAUCAUGCAAUCA